UAAACAGGUCCUGCUGCUUUCCCUUUGUCCAGGUGAACGCAGAGAAAAUCACACCGUUUCCCUGAUAAACGGCUCGGAAUGUGGCCCGUUUAUGACUCGGUUCUCUGAAUCUGCUCUAAUUUGCUUCUGGAUGAUAAAAAUCACAGGUUUAGCAGAGACACGGAGAUUCUGCAGACGGGUCACACACUGCGUUUCGGUUUCAGCUCGCAGGUGAGCACCAGACUGGAGAAAGGGUUCAGAAUCGGAUGAUCGUGAAGGAGGCAGUGUUUGAAACAUCUGUUAUCUGGAACAUUUAAACACAUUUUCCUCAGCUGUUUGUUUGUUUGUUUGUUUGUUUGUUUGUUUGUUUGUUUGUGGUUGGAUUUAAACCUGGUGUUCACGCCUUCCCCUCCACAUGCCCUCUGUAUCUGCAGACAGGACAUGUAUUCAGUUUGGAUGCGGUGCGUAACCGAUAAAAUGGUGGGAUUUACACAACUGUGUUUUGGCCUGAUGUGUGUGUUUCACAUGACAUUAGUGCGAUGUGUCAACAACGACAGGAACGUGUUUCUCCCCAAGACAUCAGCGGACUCGUUCCUGUCGCGCUCUCUGCUCUACAACAGCUGGGACUUUGAGUUGGUCACUGCUGGGGAUCUGGAGCGAGAGUGUAAGGAGGAGAUCUGCUCUUACGAAGAGGCCCGAGAGGUGUUCGAGAACGACCAAUUGACGGAUCGUUUUUGGAAAGAGUAUGUCAACAGUCAAAACAGCAUUCCCCGUGUAGACGUGGCCGGGCUGGUGGCUGGAGUCUUAGGCGUUGUGGUGUUGGUCAUCAUCGUGCUGGUGCUCAGCUGCUACUUCUACAGGAAAAAGAGCAAAACUGUGAGGCGAGGGGGCAGUGUCCCAGUGAGACUGGCAGCAGAUGGAAGUCCAGGGCUGGAGACGGUGCCUCUGUCCACCAUCCCAGCUCCGGGUUUACCCAGCUACAGCGAGGCCUUGAACCGCAGCGGGCAGCAUGAUGCACCUCCACCUCCGUACUCAGGAGUGGAACCCAGUGCACCUGCAGAACCUCAGCCUGAGGACUGAGAGGAUGAAAAGAGCAGGUUGGGUUCUCGAGCAGCAGGAUGGUUCUGGGUCCAGGUCUGGAUGCUAUGGGAGGAGCAGCGGUGCAGUGAUGCUGUCAACACAAGAGUGUUGGAUUUUUUUAAAAAUUAAGUUUAAUAUUUCACUCUCACUCUAAAGUGGAGCUCGUGUCUGAGCUGGAUGAGAUUUUGGCUUUAUUCCUUUUUUAAUAAAUAAAUAUAUAAAUAAAUGUUUUGCUGCUUAA